AAUAAAAAAUAAUCAUUUUUCCAAAAUCAAGAUCUGAUGCAACUGCUUUAUAUCGUAAGUCUGCAUUUAUAAAGAAAUCCGCCCAAAAUUAUACCUCACAAAAUAUAUAGUUGAAGAAAUUAUAAUCUGCUGAUCACAUUUUCACCACGACGUCGUAGUUAACCGAUAAUAAUAGUCAGCAAAUAUAUUCGGACCCUAUAUAAGGCACCCUUCUAAAUACUUUGAACGUUAGAAAUCACAAGCUAUCUGAUCUGAAAAGCAUCCGUACUCCGUGGAAUAUUAAAACUUACAAGAUGCACAUCAAGUUUCUGUUCGCCUUCGUCGCCGUCCUGAUGCUGGUCGUCCUGGGAGCCAACGAGGCUGAGGCCGAUUGUCUCUCUGGAAGAUAUCGUGGUCCCUGCGCCGUCUGGGAUAAUGAGACGUGCCGUCGCGUUUGCAAGGAGGAAGGAAGAGGCCGGGUCAGUGGUCACUGCAGUGCCCGUCUCCAGUGCUGGUGCGAAGGAUGCUGAGCUACAUAAGAGAUAUUUGUGUUAAUCAUAAUUGUAUCAACACCAAAAUAUUAUUUUGAAGAGAUUAAAAAAUAUACAAAUUAAUGAAUUUUAA